AUGAGUUAUAGAUAUAGACACGCUGGCAGGUUAACUAGGGACAUGAGUUAUAGAUAUAGACACACUGGUGGUUUAACCAGGUUAACCAGGGACAUGAGGUAUAGAUAUAGAUACACUGGUGGGUUAACUAGGGACAUGAGUUAUAGAUAUAGACACACUGGUGGGUUAACCAGGUUAACUAGGGACAUGAGGUAUAGAUAUAGACACACUGGUGGGUUAACCAGGUUAACCAGGGACAUGAGGUAUAGAUAUAGACACACUGGUGGGUUAACUAGGGACAUGAGUUAUAGAUAUAGACACACUGGUGGGUUAACCAGGUUAACCAGGGACAUGAGGUAUAGAUAUAGACACACUGGUGGGUUAACCAGGGACAUGAGGUAUAGAUAUAGACACACUGGUAGGUUAACUAGGGACAUGAGGUAUAGAUAUAGACACACUGGUGGGUUAACCAGGUUAACCAGGGACAUGAGUUAUAGAUAUAGACAUGCUGGUGGGUUAACCAGGGACAUGAGGUAUAGAUAUAGACACACUGGUGGGUUAACCAGGUUAACCAGGGACAUGAGUUAUAGAUAUAGACACACUGGUGGGUUAACCAGGUUAACCAGGGACAUGAGUUAUAGAUAUAGACACACUGGUGGGUUAACCAGGGACAUGAGGUAUAGAUAUAGACAUGCUGGUGGGUUAACCAGGUUAACCAGGGACAUGAGGUAUAGAUAUAGACACACUGGUGGGUUAACUAGGGACAUGAGUUAUAGAUAUAGACACACUGGUGGGUUAACCAGGGACAUGAGUUAUAAAUAUAGUCACGCUGGUGGGUUAACCAGGGACAUGAGUUAUAAAUAUAGACACACUGGUGGGUUAACUAGGGACAUGAGUUAUAAAUAUAGACACACUGGUGGGUUAACCAGGUUAACCAGGGACAUGAGUUAUAGAUAUAGAUACACUGGUGGGUUAACCAGGUUAACCAGGGACAUGAGUUAUAGAUAUAGUCACGCUGGUAGGUUAACCAGGUUAACCAGGGACAUGAGUUAUAGAUAUACAUGUAGACAAGCUCACACACCAGCUGCUCUAAAGGUUCAUGAACCCUCAUGGGUUCAUAGUUUGACCUUUGUUUCUUCCUCAAUAAGACACAGCAUCCAGGUCCUGGUCUGA